GGUAAUCCCUGGAUUAUUGUAGGCGCAGUGUGACCUGGUCGUGUCCUGUUCUCUCUGAAAGCUGCAGUAACGUCGGUAGCGGGAUGUUUUUAUAUCAAUAACUGUGAUUAUUCGGCGCUGUGGAGGAGGCUGCUCGCUCUGCAGCUGCAGUUUGUUGUCAGGACUUGUGUGGACCAAGGACUCCUGAGGCUGUGGCAGACGGCUCAACAUUCCAGUUAAUCAGAUGAGAGCCAAUAUAAUCUCUGAACAAACUUGGUUCACAGAUCCAUUGACUUCAUUUGUUGAAUUAUGAUUUAAAUUAACUGAGUAGAGCAAAAACUUAACACUGACUCUGAGAUAUUUGCAGUGGAGGCACAAUGGAACCACAAUGCAAAUAACUACCAUAACGCUUUAGAGGAUUUAGAGGAUUCAGUGAUCAUACUGGGAGAAAUGAAAAUCAUGAAGAAACUAGAAUGACUCUCAGUAGAGAUCAAACCACAUUUAGAUCCACUCGAUCCAGAUUUUUCUUUGGAUCUGCACCAAAUUGCAAACAAUCCUAAUUCAGUCCCCUAAACAUGCCUGAUUUCAUAUCAACAAGAUCCAUGAUGAGUAUUUUCCACGUACUCCUGCAAGCAAACAAGUAAACAAAUUAACAAAUAGAGAUAAGAGCUAAUAAAAGAAAAGCCGUGAUACCAGUUGCUCCACUUACAGUAAUGUCGUUUGAACCAUAAUCCAAUGCAACAUAUUUUUGUUGUGUUUUUGCACAUCCACUCCUAUUUUAGAUUUUUAUUAUCCAGAAAUUCUUGGACCUGCUAAAUUCCCCGACACCCUCAUCAAAAGUGACUAUGUUUUAAAAAAAAACUUAUAAUGUUCAUCAACAGUUUAAAAAACAUUCAAGGCAGCGUUAGAAACCGAACCACUGAACCUCAUGUACAUGUGGCACAUUUAAUGAAAAAGACACAAAAUGACAUCAUCCCUGCACAGAAUGGCGAAUAGAGAUGACAUCAUAUUGUGAGAGGAAUAUCCUUUGAAUGACAUUUCCCUGUUUACAGCAUUUUUUGACUGAGCAAUCAGGAUCCUGCUGAGCCUUGAGGUCAGAGGUCAAAGAGUCAUGGGGACCAGGAGGGUGCUGGUGACCGGAUGCUCCUCCGGCAUUGGCUUGGCUGUGGCCGCACGGCUGGCUAAAGAUGAGCUGAGACGGUUUAAAGUGGUGGCCACAAUGAGGGAUCUCGGAAAACGGGGGCCCUUGGAAAAGGCGGCAGGAGCUUCCUUAAACAAGACCCUGGAAAUCAAACAGCUGGAUGUCUGUUGUGAAGCCUCCAUCAGAGAGUGUGUCAACAGCCUGCCGGAUAGAAGGGUGGAUAUUCUUGUGAAUAAUGCAGGUGUUGGCAUGAUCGGGCCACUGGAGUGCCAAAGUAUUGCUGCCAUGAAGGAGCUCUUCGACACAAACUUCUUCGGGCUAGCGCGGCUAGUGAAAGAGGUGCUGCCCGACAUGAAGCGACGGCAGAGCGGCCAUAUCGUUGUGAUGAGCAGCGUCAUGGGAAUACAGGGGCUUCUGUUCAAUGACGUCUACUCUGCCUCUAAAUUUGCUGUGGAAGGAUUUUGUGAAAGUCUGGCAGUGCAGGCAAUGAAGUUUAACAUCAAGACGACUCUUGUGGAACCUGGCCCUGUGGUGACGGAGUUUGAAAGAAAAGUGUACAAAGAUGCCGAGGAGAUGGAUCUAUCAGGGACAGACGAGGAGACGGCCAAAAUCUUCCAUGAAGUCUACCUGCCAUACUCGAAAAAGGUCUUUGCCUCGUUAGGCCAGACACCGGCAGAAGUGGCCGAGCAAACAAUUAAAGUCAUCACGGCCAAGGAACCUCCUCUGCGCCACCAGACCAACCGCCUGUACAUGCCCAUGACUGCACUGAAACAUGCAGAUCCAACCGGUCGCCUGCCUCUGGAAACCUUUCACAAGUUGAUCUUUAAACACGACCGGGUGCUCAAUGCUACUCUGGCCUUGCUUCGAAUGCUGCAGCGAAGAGGAGGAGACAAAUGAAUAACUUGGCUGUCGGGUUGCAAACACUAUGGAUGUUAUUCCGAAGGAAACAGUGGCUGACUGUACACACAACUUGUUGUCGCUAUUCUUUGAGAAUGACGUCCAGCUGUGAGGUGAAUGAACAUGUUUCUGUUAUCUGUGUGAGACAGUAACUACAGUGAUAAUAGUAAUUUGAUGUGUACUGUGAGUGUGUACAUGAAGCAUUUCUCACUGAGCAAUAUUAUAAAGCUUUCAAACUUUC